UCAUUCUGCACUCGAAGUCGCCGCCGACGGGGCUCGUCGUCAGUCUAGAGAGUAAUAUCGACACGAAAAGAAAUAAACCGAUUCGGGUGACCGAGGAAAUCCCAGAACAAUUGAAAUCCAAGCGCUGCUGCGAUAUAAAUUCCGAUUUGGAGGCGCUGCGGUCGUUGCGUUAACCAAACGAAAUGGCUGAGGCGGAGGGAGGCUCCGAGCAGGAUGAUGUUUCAUUCCUGAGAACGGAGGACAUGGUCACGCUCUCCUGCACGGCGACGGGGGAGCGUGUCUGCUUGGCCGCCGAAGGAUUUGGUAACCGGCACUGUUUCCUCGAGAACAUUGCCGACAAGAACGUACCGCCGGAUCUGUCGCAGUGUGUGUUCGUCAUUGAGCAGGCGCUGUCGGUGCGAGCUUUGCAGGAGUUGGUGACGGCGGCCGGAUCCGAGACUGAUAGUCGACUUGGCAAAGGCACCGGAUCGGGACAUAGGACAUUGCUCUACGGCAAUGCCAUUUUGCUCCGACAUCACAAUAGUGAUAUGUACUUGGCAUGUCUGUCGACAUCCUCGUCGAACGACAAGCUGUCCUUCGACGUGGGUCUGCAGGAGCACAGCCAGGGAGAGGCUUGUUGGUGGACGGUUCAUCCGGCGAGCAAGCAGCGUUCAGAGGGCGAGAAGGUGCGCGUCGGAGACGACCUGAUCCUGGUCUCGGUGGCCACGGAGAGGUAUCUGCACACCACCAAGGAGAACGAACAGUCGAUUGUGAACGCCAGCUUCCAUGUGACCCACUGGUCCGUGCAGCCCUACGGCACGGGCAUUUCCAGGAUGAAGUACGUGGGCUACGUCUUUGGCGGCGAUGUGCUGCGCUUCUUCCACGGCGGCGACGAGUGCCUGACCAUACCCAGCACCUGGGGUCGUGAGGCGGGUCAAAAUAUUGUUAUUUACGAGGGCGGCGUGGUCAUGGCCCAGGCGAGAUCCCUGUGGCGCCUGGAACUCGCACGCACCAAGUGGACCGGUGGCUUCAUCAACUGGUACCAUCCAAUGCGCAUCCGGCAUAUUACCACCGGACGCUACUUGGGCGUCAACGACAGCAACGAACUUAUUCUGGUGAAGAAGGAGGAGGCUUCGAUUGCCACGACGACUUUCUGCCUGCGGCAGGAAAAGGACGACGAGAAGAAGGUGCUGGAGGACAAGGACCUGGAAGUGAUCGGCUCGCCGAUCAUCAAGUACGGCGACACCACCGUCAUCGUCCAGCACUGCGAGACGAGCUUGUGGCUCAGCUACAAGAGCUACGAGACGAAGAAGAAGGGCGUGGGCAAGGUGGAGGAGAAGCAGGCCAUCCUGCACGAGGAGGGCAAGAUGGACGAUUGCCUCGACUUCUCGCGCUCCCAGGAGGAGGAGUCCAAGACGGCGCGUGUCAUCCGCAAGUGCAGCAGCCUCUUCACGCAAUUUAUCACGGCCUUGGAAACCCUACAGUCCAAUCGCCGACACUCCAUUUUCUUCCAGAAGGUCAACCUCAACGAGAUGGUCAUGUGCCUGGAGGAUUUGAUCAACUACUUCUCGCAACCCGAAGACGAUAUGGAACACGAGGAAAAACAGAACCGCUUCCGUGCACUGCGCAACCGACAGGAUCUAUUCCAGGAGGAGGGCGUGCUUAACCUGAUUCUGGAGGCCAUCGACAAGAUCAACAUAAUCACCUCGCAGGGCUUCCUCGCCAGCUUCCUGGCCGGCGACGAGACCGGCCAGAGCUGGGACCUCAUCUCUACCUAUUUGUACCAACUGCUGGCCGCCAUCAUUAAAGGCAACCACACGAAUUGCGCCCAGUUCGCGAACAGCAACCGCCUAAACUGGCUGUUCUCGCGUCUGGGUUCCCAGGCCUCCAGCGAGGGUUCCGGCAUGUUGGACGUACUCCACUGCGUGCUCAUCGAUUCGCCCGAGGCCCUGAACAUGAUGCGGGAUGAGCACAUCAAGGUGAUCAUCUCGCUGCUGGAGAAGCACGGCCGGGACCCGAAAGUCCUGGACGUUCUUUGUUCCCUGUGCGUGGGUAACGGAGUGGCGGUGCGUUCCUCGCAGAACAACAUCUGCGACUUCCUGCUGCCGGGCAAGAAUCUGCUGCUGCAGACGCUCCUGGUGGACCAUGUGGCCAGCAUCCGACCGAACAUCUUCGUAGGCCGCGUGGACGGCUCCUCCAUGUACCAGAAGUGGUACUUUGAGGUGACCAUGGACCACAUCGAACAGACGACGCAUAUGAUGCCCCACCUGCGCAUCGGCUGGGCCAACACCUCCGGCUAUGUCCCUUAUCCGGGUGGCGGAAAGAAGUGGGGUGGCAACGGAGUUGGAGAUGACCUGUACUCGUUCGGAUUUGAUGGCGCCUAUUUAUGGACCGGAGGUCGCAGGACCGCAGUCUUGGAUGCGCUGCCCGAGGAGCCCUUCAUCCGCAAGGGCGAUGUCAUUGGAGUGGCGAUCGAUCUCUCAGUGCCCAUCAUCACGUUCACCUUUAACGGAGUGAAGGUGCGGGGUAGCUUCCGGGACUUUAACCUGGACGGAAUGUUUUUCCCCGUAAUGAGCUGCUCCUCGAAACUAAGCUGUCGCUUCCUUUUCGGAGGAGAUCAUGGUCGUUUGAAGUUUGCCCCGCCCAUGGGCUUCUCUGCCUUGGUGCAGUGCCUCAUGCCGCAGCAGAUCCUCAGUCUGGAUCCCUGUUUCUAUUUCGGUAAUCUCAGCAAGAACGUGUUGGCCGGACCAUGGCUUAUCGAGGACGACAAUGCCUUUGUUCCAAAGCCCGUUGAUACGACGGGUGUCUCACUGCCCAGUUCUGUGGACCAAAUCAAGGAGAAGCUGGCGGAGAAUAUCCACGAGAUGUGGGCUCUGAACAAGAUCGAGGCGGGCUGGUCGUGGGGCGAGCACCGCGAUGACUACCACCGCAUCCAUCCCUGCCUCACCCAUUUCGAGAAGCUGCCAGCGGCGGAAAAGCGAUACGACAAUCAACUGGCAGUACAAACGCUCAAGACAAUCAUUUCGCUGGGCUACUACAUAACCAUGGACAAACCACCAGCCCGCAUCCGCCCGGUGCGCUUGCCCAACGAGAUCUUCAUGCAGGGCAACGGGUACAAGCCGGCGCCUCUCGAUCUGAGCGCCGUGACACUCACCCCCAAGUUGGAGGAGCUGGUGGACCAGUUGGCAGAGAACACGCACAACCUGUGGGCUCGGGAGCGCAUUCAGCAGGGAUGGACCUAUGGCCUGAACGAGGACAGCGAAAACCACAGAAGCCCACACUUGGUGCCCUAUGCCAAGGUGGACGAGGCCAUUAAGAAGGCCAACAGGGACACGGCCUCGGAGACGGUGCGAACCCUCCUGGUCUACGGAUACGUGCUGGAUCCACCCACAGGCGAGGGAACCGAGGCACUCCUGGCCGAGGCACAACGCCUCAAGUUCGCCGGAUUCCGGACGUACAGGGUGGAGCGAAACUACGCCGUGACUUCGGGCAAGUGGUACUUCGAGUUCGAGGUGCUUACCUCCGGACCCAUGCGAGUAGGCUGGGCCCGGGCCGAUUGCUAUCCAGGAGCGAUGCUGGGCAGCGAGGACACCAGCUGGGCCUUCGACGGACACAAUGUGACCAAAAUGCACGCCGGAUCCAUCGAGCACUUCGGAGUGCGGUAUGAGGCUGGCGAUGUCAUUGGUUGUUUCAUCGAUGUCAAGGAGCUAACGAUCAGCUUCUCGCUGAACGGAGAACUCCUGAUGGACGCCCUGGGUGGAGAGACGACCUUUGCCGACGUCACCGCCGAGGGGGUGGGCUUCGUGCCCGCCUGCACCCUGGGAGUGGGCCAGAAGGCGCGCCUCAUCUACGGCCAGGACGUGGACUCGCUCAAGUUCUUCACCACCUGUGGCCUGCAAGAGGGCUACGAGCCCUUCUGCGUGAACAUGCGUCGUCCGGUGACCCACUGGUACACCAAGGACCAGCCCAUUUUCGAGAACACCGAGGAGAUGCCCGACUGCCGGAUCGACGUCACCCGAAUCCCCGGCGGCGCCGACACCCCGCCGCACCUGAAGAUCUCGCACAACACCUUCGAAACGAUGGAGAAGGCCAACUGGGAGUUCCUGCGGCUAUCCCUGCCCGUCACCUGCAUGGGCGAGUUCAUCGGCGAGCAGGAGAAGGCGCGCCGCUGGGACGAGAUCAAGAACCGGCAGUACCGGCUGAUGCGCGAGGCGGAGGCCGCUGCCCAGAUGCAGGUGCAGACCCAGGCCGCCCACAUGGACCACAUGCUCAAGGGCGGCUUCAACAUGAAUGACAUCAAGGGUCUGACCCGGAAUUUCGAUGAGCACGCGGAUGCCGAGGCGGAUCACAUGAUGCGAGGGCCACAUCGCCCGCCGCGGAAGGGAUCCCUCACCCGCAACAUCACUUUCGAGUCGGACAUGUCUGCCGCCCUGGACGAAAUGCAGCGAUCCAGUUCCGUGCUGGACAUGAACGGACUGGGCGAGGAGCUGGACGACAAGAAGAAGCGUGGCCGCAGUCCCUUCAAGUUCUUCUCGAAGAAGUCGCGAGACCAAAGUCGCGAGAAGAUGGGCGCCCGCACGCAGGACACUUCCCUGGAGCGCCGCAAUACGGUGGCACAUGGCCGAAACGUGGUCAACCAGCAGAUGACCACGCGAGCUCCCACGCUGCGGCUGAAUAAUGCCGAAAUACCGCCCAGCCCGGUGGCCCAGGGACCCAAGCAGUUAAGUUCCUCCAAUCUGGGUCAACAGCCGGUGGAAACUUCCGGCGACGAGAUGUUCGACGCCGAGUGCCUCAAGCUAAUCAACGAGUACUUCUACGGAGUGCGAAUCUUCCCUGGCCAGGACCCCACCCACGUGUACGUCGGAUGGGUGACCACACAGUACCACCUGCACAGCCGUGAGUUCAACAAGAACAAGGUGCGCCGUGGAUCGGUCUACAUCGAGGACGACUACGAGAUGGCCAUCGAGCGGAUCGACCGCCAGAGUUGCUACGUGGUGCGGGCGGACGAGCUCUUCAACGAGGUGACCCAGGACGCCUCCGGCAAGGGAGCCUCGCAGGGCAUGUUCGUCGGCUGCUUCGUGGACACAGCCACCGGCAUCAUUCGCUUCACUUGCGAGGGCAAGGACACCUCGCACCGCUGGAUGAUGGAGCCGGACACCAAGCUUUUCCCGGCCAUUUUCGUGGAGGCCACCAGCAAGGAGAUCCUGCAGAUCGAGCUGGGUCGCACCCCCACCACUUUGCCCCUCUCGGCGGCGGUUCUGCCCACCAGUGACAAGCACAUCAAUCCGCAGUCGCCACCACGCCUGAAGGUUCAGUGCCUGCGUCCGCAUCAGUGGGCCAGGGUUCCGAACACCUCGCUUCAGGUGCACGCCCUGAAACUGUCGGAUGUGAGGGGAUGGUCCAUGCUGUGCGAGGAUCCCGUGUCCAUGCUCGCCCUGCACAUCCCGGAGGAAGAUCGCUGCAUCGAUAUCCUGGAGCUCAUCGAGAUGGACAAGUUGUUGUCCUUCCAUGCCCACAGUCUAACCCUUUACGCGGCUCUCUGUUACCAGUCCAAUUACAGGGCUGCCCACGCUCUCUGCCAGCAUGUGGACCAGAAGCAGCUGCUCUACGCCAUCCGGUCGGAGUACAUGAGUGGACCACUGCGCCAGGGCUUCUACGACCUUCUGAUCGCGCUGCAUCUGGAGUCACACGCCACCACAAUGGAGGUGUGCAAGAACGAGUACAUCACUCCUCUGGGAGCCGAGCUGAAGGAGCUGUACGCCGACGAGGAGAUGCAGCACUCGCUGCGGUCCCUGGUCACGGAGUCAGUGCGUCCGCAGCUGCGGAUGACGGAGAUCACCGAACCGAUCCCCGACAUCGACCAAUUGUACUCCCCGAAGUUCCCCCUAGAAGUAGUCAGGCAGUUUGUAAUGGAGGCGCUGAAGGAUGCCGUCGAGAUCAAUCAGGUCCACAACCGCGAUCCCAUCGGUUGGACAAACGAGAACCUCUUCCUCCCUCUAAUCAAACUCACAGACCGCCUGCUCUUGGUCGGCGUCCUGACCGACGAGGAUGUGCAGCGGCUGUUGGUCAUGAUCGACCCGGAGACCUGGGAUCCAGCUUUCGAGAGGGAGGGCAAGGACGAGCACCGCAAGGGCUUGCUGACCAUGAAGAUGGCCGAGGGCGCCAAGCUGCAGAUGUGCUACCUGCUGCACCACCUGUACGACACCCAGCUGCGCCACCGAGUGGAGAGCAUCAUCGCGUUCUCGCACGACUUCGUGGGCGAUUUGCAGACCGAUCAGUUGCGACGUUAUAUCGAGAUCAAGCAGUCCGAUUUGCCCAGUGCUGUUGCGGCCAAAAAGACUAAAGAGUUCCGCUGUCCGCCGCGGGAGCAGAUGAACCAGAUUCUCUGCUUCAAGAACCUCGAGGCCGAUGACCAGGACAACUGCACCUGUGGCCUUGAGUUGCGCGGACGCCUGGGCGACUUCCACGACUGCCUCAUGCAGAAGGUGUCGCUCAACGCUCUCCAAGAGCCGGAUGGCGUCGAGGGCGCAGCGAUCGAGGAGAUCAAAACGGGACCCAUCACGAAGAUCUACAACUUCAUCAACACCGUCAAGGAGCUGGAGGAAGGGCCAAAGGAGGUGGAGGAGCCGGAGAAGAAGACGCCCGAGGAGGUGUUCCGAAAGGUCCUGAUCAAGACGAUAGUCAGCUGGGCCGAGGAAUCACAGAUCGAGAAUCCCAAGCUGGUGCGUGAGAUGUUCAGCCUGCUGUUACGUCAGUACGAUACGGUGGGCGAACUGGUCCGCGCCUUGGAAAAGACCUACGUGAUCAACACCCGGGCCCGCGAUGACGUCGCCGAAAUGUGGGUGGGCCUCAGCCAGAUACGCGCCCUGCUGCCCGUCCAGAUGAGUCAGGAGGAGGAGGAGCUGAUGCGCAAGCGCCUGUGGAAGUUGGUUAACAACGCCACUUUCUUCCAGCACCCAGACCUUAUACGCAUCCUGCGCGUCCACGAGAACGUGAUGGCCGUGAUGAUGAACACCCUGGGACGGCGGGCGCAGGCCCAGAGCGAUGCGCCCACGCAAACGGAGGUCGCCGAAGGAGCUCCGUCCAAGGAGAAGGACACCUCGCACGAGAUGGUGGUGGCCUGCUGCCGAUUCCUUUGCUACUUCUGCCGCACUGGCCGGCAAAACCAGAAGGCCAUGUUUGAUCACUUCGACUUCCUGCUGGACAACGCCAACAUCCUGCUGGCACGGCCCAGCCUGCGAGGAUCCACGCCCCUGGAUGUGGCAUACUCGAGUCUGAUGGAGAACACAGAAUUGGCUCUGGCCCUGAGGGAACACUACUUGGAGAAGAUCGCCGUCUACCUGUCUAGGUGCGGCCUGCAGAGCAACUCGGAGCUCGUGGAAAAGGGCUAUCCGGAUCUGGGUUGGGAUCCCGUGGAGGGAGAACGCUACCUGGACUUCCUGCGCUAUUGCGUUUGGGUCAACGGCGAGAGCGUCGAGGAGAAUGCGAACCUUGUCAUUCGACUUCUUAUCCGUCGUCCGGAAUGCUUAGGACCGGCUCUAAGAGGAGAAGGAGAAGGUCUGUUCCGCGCCAUCGUCGAGGCCAAUCGCAUGUCGGAGCGCAUCUCGGACCGCUGCAAGAUGCAGGACGAGGCCGAGGGCACCAUUGCCGGACUGAACUUCACGCACCCGUUGCCGGAAGGCGAGGAAGACGAGGACUAUAUCGACACCGGAGCCGCCAUCCUAAACUUCUAUUGCACCCUGGUGGACCUGCUGGGCCGAUGUGCCCCAGACGCCUCGGUAAUCGAGCAGGGCAAAAACGAGUCCCUGAGGGCUAGAGCUAUUCUGAGAUCUCUGGUGCCACUGGAGGAUUUGCAGGGGGUGCUCAGCCUGAAGUUCACCCUCUCGCAGACGGCGCCCGGCGAGGAGAAGCCCAAGUCGGACAUGCCGUCGGGCCUGCUGCCCAACAACAAGCAGAGCAUCGUGCUCUUCCUGGAGCGCGUCUACGGCAUCGAGGCCCAGGACCUCUUCUACCGCCUGCUGGAGGACGCCUUCCUGCCCGAUCUGCGCACCGCCACCAUUCUGGACAAGAGCGACGGAUCCGAGAGCGACAUGGCGCUGGCCAUGAACCGCUACAUCGGCAACUCCAUCCUGCCACUGCUCAUCAAGCACUCCAAGUUCUACAACGAGGCCGAGAACUACGCGAGCCUCUUGGACGCCACUCUGCACACGGUCUAUCGGCUGUCCAAGAACCGUAUGCUGACCAAGGGGCAGCGCGAGGCCGUCUCCGACUUCCUGGUGGCCCUCACAUCCCAAAUGCAACCUGCCAUGCUGCUCAAGCUGCUGCGCAAGUUGACUGUGGAUGUGUCCAAGCUGUCCGAGUACACCACCGUGGCCCUCCGGCUUCUCACCCUGCACUUCGAUCGCUGCGCCAAAUAUUACGGCUCAACUCAAGGCCAGGGCUCCUAUGGAGCCUCAUCGGAUGAGGAGAAGCGCCUGACGAUGCUGCUGUUCUCGAACAUUUUUGACUCGCUCAGCAAUAUGGACUAUGACCCGGAACUGUUCGGUAAAGCACUGCCCUGUCUGAUCGCCAUCGGAUGCGCCCUGCCCCCGGACUACAGUCUGUCCAAGAACACGGACGAGGAUUACUAUGGCCGCCAGAUGGGCGCGCCCGACCAGCCGCAGUAUAUGCCCAAUCCCAUCGACACCAACAACGUGCACCUGGAUAAUGACCUGAACUCGCUGGUGCAGAAGUUCAGCGAGCACUACCACGAUGCGUGGGCCAGUCGGCGUCUGGAAGGAAGCUGGACCUACGGGGAAAUCCGAUCCGAUAACGAUCGCAAGCACCCACGUUUGAAGCCCUACAACAUGCUCAGUGAAUACGAACGCGAGCGCUACCGGGAUCCAGUGCGGGAGUGCCUGAAGGGUCUGCUGGCCAUCGGAUGGACCGUGGAGCACUCCGAGGUGGAGGUGCCACUCAACCAUCGCGGAUCGACGCGUCGUCAGUCGAAGCCCCAGAUUAACGAGGGCAGCCCCUUCAACUACAAUCCGCACCCGGUGGACAUGAGCAACCUGACCCUGAGCAGGGAGAUGCAGAACAUGGCCGAGCGCCUGGCGGAGAACUCCCACGACAUCUGGGCCAAGAAGAAGAACGAGGAGCUAAACGGCUGCGGCGGGGUUAUCCACCCACAACUGGUGCCCUACGACCUUCUGACCGACAAGGAGAAAAAGAAGGACCGCGAGCGGUCGCAGGAGUUCCUCAAGUACAUGCAGUACCAGGGCUACAAGCUGCACAAGCCUUCCAAGGGAGGAGCCGUGGAGGAAGGAGGUGCCACCCAGGCAGCCGUUGAGCUGCGCUUCUCCUACUCCCUGUUGGAGAAGCUCAUUCAGUAUCUGGACCGAGCAACCAUCAACAUGAAGCUGCUGAAGCCAUCGACCACGUUCAGCCGCCGCUCAUCAUUCAAGACGGCCACGCGGGACAUCAAGUUCUUCUCGAAGGUGGUGCUGCCACUAAUGGAGAAGUACUUCUCAACGCAUCGCAACUACUUCAUUGCCAUUGCCACGGCCACGAACAACAUUGGAGCGGCUUCGCUGAAGGAGAAGGAAAUGGUGGCAUCGAUCUUCUGCAAGCUGGCCGCCCUGCUGCGCAACCGGCUGAGUGCCUUUGGACCGGAUGUCCGCAUCACGGUGCGGUGCCUCCAGGUGCUGGUCAAGGGCAUCGAUGCCCGCACCCUGACCAAGAACUGUCCCGAGUUCAUUCGCACCUCCAUGCUGACCUUCUUCAACCAGACAUCCGAUGACUUGGGAAACACGAUCCUCAACCUGCAGGACGGCAAGUACAGUCACCUCAGGGGAACUCACCUGAAGACCUCCACAUCGUUGGGCUAUGUCAACCAGGUGGUUCUGCCCGUGCUAACGGCCAUGUUUGAUCACCUGGCGGCCUGCGACUAUGGCAGCGAUUUGCUGCUCGACGAAAUUCAGGUGGCCUCCUACAAGAUCCUGGCCGCCCUGUAUCACCUGGGUACCGAUGGCACCCUCACGCACGAUAGGAAGUAUCUGAAGACCGAGAUUGAGAGGCACAGACCUGCCUUGGGAUCCUGCCUGGGCGCCUACAGUUCCUGUUUCCCGGUGGCCUACUUGGAGCCCCACCUCAACAAGCACAACCAGUACUCGCUGCUCAACCGCAUUGCGGAUCACUCAUUGGAGGCGCAGGACAUCAUGGUCAAGAUGGAGAGCUGUAUGCCGAAUCUGGAAACCAUUCUCGCCGAAGUGGACCAGUUCGUGGAGUCGGACAAGACGUACAACGAUGCGCCGCACAUUAUCGAUGUGAUCCUGCCGCUGCUGUGCGCCUAUCUGCCAUUUUGGUGGUCCCAGGGUCCCGAUAACGUGAGUCCCACCAGCGGCAACCACGUGACCAUGGUCACCGCCGAUCACAUGAAUCCCCUGCUUCGCAACGUGCUCAAGAUGAUCAAGAAGAAUAUUGGCAACGACAACGCGCCGUGGAUGACCCGCAUUGCUGCCUACACGCAGCAGAUCAUCAUCAACACGUCGGAGGAGUUGCUCAAGGAUCCCUUCCUGCCACUGGCGGAGCGGGUGAAGAAGCGCACGGAGAACAUGCUGCACAAGGAGGACAGCAUGCGGGGAUUCAUUAAGUCGGCCACGGACGACACCUCGCAGGUUGAAACGCAGCUGCAGGAGGACUGGAACCUUUUGGUUCGGGACAUAUACUCGUUCUAUCCGCUGCUCAUCAAGUAUGUGGAUCUGCAGCGCAACCACUGGCUGAAGGACAACAUCCCGGAAGCCGAGGAGCUGUACAACCAUGUGGCGGAGAUCUUCAACAUCUGGUCCAAGAGCCAGUACUUCCUCAAGGAGGAGCAGAACUUCAUCUCAGCCAAUGAGAUCGAUAACAUGGCCCUGAUCAUGCCAACGGCCACUAGGAGGUCGGCCAUCUCGGAAGGUGCUCCCGCUGUAGGUGGCAAGGUCAAGAAGAAGAAGAAGAACAGGGACAAGAAGCGCGACAAGGACAAGGAGGUGCAGGCCAGUUUGAUGGUGGCCUGCCUCAAGCGUCUCCUGCCCGUAGGAUUGAACCUGUUCGCGGGCAGGGAGCAGGAGCUGGUGCAGCACUGCAAGGAUCGGUAUCUGAAGAAGAUGCCCGAGUACGAUGUGAUUGAGUUUGCCCGCAACCAGUUGACCCUGCCCGACAAACUAGACCCCUCAGACGAGAUGUCCUGGCAGCACUACCUUUACUCGAAGCUGGGCAAGAGCGAGGAGCCGGUGGACGAGCAGGCGCUGGAGAAGGCCAAUGUGAAUUCCAACGAGAAGGGCAAGGACAAGACCCAGGAAACGGUGGACCGCAUCGUGGCUAUGGCCAAGGUUCUGUUUGGCCUGCAUAUGAUCGACCAUCCACAACAGCAGAGCAAGAAUGUCUACAGGAGCGUUGUGUCGAUCCAAAGGAAGCGUGCCGUAAUCGCAUGCUUCCGGCAGACAUCGCUACAUUCUCUACCCAGACAUCGGGCCUGCAACAUCUUUGCCCGCUCCUACUACGAGCAAUGGCUGCAGGAGGAGAACGUGGGCCAGGAGGUGAUGGUCGAGGAUCUGACCCAGUCGUUCGAGGACUCCGAGAAGUCCAAGAAGGAGGGUGAGGAGACUGACAACAAGCCGGAUCCGCUCACCCAACUGGUGACCACUUUUUGUCGCGGCGCCAUGACGGAGCGCAGCGGUGCCCUCCAGGAGGAUCUGCUCUACAUGUCCUACGCCCAGAUCGCGGCCAAGUCCACGGGCAAGGAGGAGGAGGAGGGCGGCGACGAGGAGGGCGGGGAGGGAGGCGAAGAGGGCGAAGGCACCAGCAUCCAUGAACAAGAGAUGGAGAAGCAGAAACUACUCUUCCAUCAGGCACGUCUCUCCAAUCGUGGCGUUGCCGAAAUGGUGCUGUUGCACAUUUCCGCCUCCAAAGGUAUACCUUCGGAGAUGGUAAUGACGACACUCAAUCUCGGCAUCGCCAUUCUGCGCGGAGGCAACAUCGACAUCCAAAUGGGCAUGCUGAACCACUUGAAGGAGAAGAAGGACGUCGGGUUUUUCACCUCGAUUGCCGGACUGAUGAACUCCUGCAGUGUACUGGACCUAGACGCCUUCGAGCGCAACACCAAAGCAGAGGGUCUUGGUGUAGGUUCCGAGGGCGCCGCGGGCGAGAAAAACAUGCACGACGCGGAGUUCACCUGUGCUCUGUUCCGGUUCAUCCAGCUGACUUGUGAGGGCCACAAUUUGGAAUGGCAAAACUAUUUGAGGACCCAGGCCGGUAACACCACCACCGUAAACGUGGUCAUCUGCACAGUGGACUACUUGCUGCGUCUACAGGAGUCCAUCAUGGACUUUUACUGGCACUAUUCGAGCAAGGAGAUCAUCGAUCCCGCCGGCAAGGCCAACUUCUUCAAGGCCAUCGAAGUGGCUAGCCAAGUGUUCAACACCCUCACCGAGGUCAUCCAGGGUCCCUGUACCCUCAAUCAGCAGGCCUUGGCCCACUCGAGGUUGUGGGAUGCAGUUGGUGGCUUCCUCUUCCUGUUCUCCCACAUGCAGGACAAGCUAUCCAAGCACUCCAGCCAGGUGGACCUGCUCAAGGAGCUGCUGAAUCUGCAGAAGGACAUGAUCACCAUGAUGCUGUCCAUGCUGGAAGGAAACGUUGUUAACGGCACCAUUGGCAAACAGAUGGUGGACACGCUGGUGGAGUCCGCCGGCAAUGUGGAGCUGAUCCUCAAGUACUUCGACAUGUUCCUGAAACUGGCCGAUCUCAUCGAGUCGCCCAGUUUCCACGAGGUGGAUAUGAAGAACGAGGGUUGGGUGACGCCCAAAGACUUUAGGGAGAAGAUGGAACAGUCCAAGAACUACACACCGGAAGAAAUGGAUUUCCUUUUGGCGUGCUGCGAGCGCAACCACGAGGGCAAGAUCGACUACCGAGCCUUCGUGGAGCACUUCCACGAACCAUCAAAGGAGAUCGGUUUCAACCUGGCUGUGCUGCUGACCAAUCUCAGCGAACACAUGCCAAACGAACCGCGCCUGGCGCGCUUCCUGGAGACCGCCGGCUCGGUGCUCAACUACUUCGAGCCCUUCCUGGGCCGCAUCGAGAUUCUGGGCAGCUCCAAGCGCAUCGAGCGAGUGUACUUCGAGAUCAAGGACUCAAACAUCGAGCAGUGGGAAAAGCCGCAGAUCCGCGAGUCCAAGCGUGCCUUCUUCUAUUCCAUCGUCACCGAGGGUGGUGACAAGGAGAAACUGGAGGCCUUCGUCAACUUCUGCGAGGAUGCCAUCUUUGAGAUGACCCACGCCUCGGGUCUGAUGGCCACCGAUGAUGGUGGUGGCAAUGUGAAACGGGAUACAGCCUAUAGUUCCUACAUGAGCGAGGAGGAGGAGGAGCGAGCUGCUCGAGACCCCAUCCGGCGCACCAUCACCGCAGUCAAGGAAGGACUCAAGUUUGGAGUCCACAUGCUCAGCCCGGCGAACAUUAAGCACCAGAUCGGCGUGAUGCAGACCAAAUCCAUCCCUGAACUCAUUGUCGGCUUUUUCAAGAUCAUCUUUUAUAUUUUCUAUUACACCGGAUACGCGCACUUCUGCGUGGUGCGUUACAUAUUCGGCAUCCUGCUGAACCUGAUGCGAGGACCUGCCCCGGAGCAGGAGGAGGAACCGGUGGUGGAGGAGGAGACGUUUGGCAGAGCACUGCCACCACUGCCCCUGGAAGAGCCUCCGGGCACGGUGCAAGCCUUUGGCCUGGACAUCAACAAGGAGGAAAACGGCAUGUACAAGGUGGUGGUGCACGAGUCUCCGGCCAAUUCCUCGAUGGAGGAGGGUGGAGAAUCGAGCCCCGAGGAUGGCGCUGCCGCCAGCGGAGAACUGGUCGAGGGUGAACCCCACCAGGAGCCCAUCUCCAUUGUGGAUCUUCUGGGCGGAGAGGCGGCAAAGAAGGCGGCUCAGGAGCGACAGGAGGCGCAAAAGGCACAGGAGGCGGCCAUGGCCUCCAUCGAGGCGGAGGCCAAGAAGUCAUCGUCCGCGCCCCAGGAGACGCCUGCAGUCCACCAAAUCGACUUCUCGCAGUACACCCAUCGCGCCGUCAGCUUCCUGGCCAGGAAUUUCUACAACCUCAAGUAUGUGGCCCUGGUGCUGGCCUUCAGCAUCAACUUUAUGCUGCUCUUCUACAAAGUCACCUCUUUCACCGAGGAAUCGGACAGCUCCGCCGAGGAGGAGCUCAUUCUGGGCUCCGGCUCGGGAGGAGGUGCGGACAUCACGGGCUCUGGCUUUGGCGGAUCAGGGGACGGGGGAUCGGGCGAUGGCGAAAUGGAGGACGAAAUACCGGAACUGGUGCACGUGGACGAGGACUUCUUCUACAUGGAGCAUGUGCUGCGCAUUGCGGCAUGUCUGCACUCACUCGUCUCCCUGGCCAUGCUGAUUGCCUACUACCAUCUCAAGGUGCCACUGGCCAUCUUCAAGCGGGAGAAGGAGAUCGCCCGCCGGCUGGAGUUCGAGGGAUUGUUCAUUGCGGAGCAGCCGGAGGAUGACGACUUCAAGUCGCACUGGGACAAGCUGGUGAUCUCGGCCAAGAGUUUCCCGGUCAACUACUGGGACAAGUUCGUAAAGAAGAAGGUGCGCCAGAAGUACAGCGAGACCUACGACUUCGACUCCAUAUCCAAUCUGCUGGGCAUGGAAAAGAGCACCUUCGCGGCGCAGGAGAGCGAGGAAACGGGCAUCUUCAAGUACAUCAUGAACAUCGACUGGCGCUACCAGGUGUGGAAGGCGGGCGUCACCUUCACGGACAACGCCUUCCUCUACUCCCUGUGGUACUUCAGCUUCUCGGUGAUGGGCAACUUCAAUAACUUCUUCUUUGCCGCCCAUCUGCUCGAUGUAGCCGUGGGAUUCAAGACCCUGCGCACCAUCCUGCAGUCCGUAACCCACAACGGCAAGCAACUGGUGCUCACCGUGAUGCUGCUGACCAUCAUCGUGUACAUCUAUACGGUGAUUGCGUUCAACUUCUUCAGGAAGUUCUACAUUCAGGAAGAGGACGAGGAGGUGGACAAGAAGUGCCACGAUAUGCUCACCUGCUUCGUGUUCCACCUGUACAAGGGUGUGAGAGCGGGCGGUGGCAUUGGCGACGAGAUCGGAGAUCCGGACGGAGACGACUACGAGGUCUACCGCAUCAUUUUCGACAUAACUUUCUUCUUCUUCGUGAUCAUUAUCCUGCUGGCCAUCAUCCAGGGUUUGAUCAUCGACGCCUUCGGCGAGCUGCGUGACCAGCUGGAGUCGGUGAAGGACAACAUGGAGUCCAACUGCUUCAUCUGCGGAAUGGGCAAGGACUUCUUUGACAUAGUUCCACACGGCUUCGACACGCACGUUCAGAAGGAGCACAACCUGGCCAACUACAUGUUCUUCCUGAUGCAUUUGAUUAACAAGCCGGACACCGAGUACACCGGCCAGGAGACGUACGUGUGGAACAUGUACCAGCAGCGCAGUUGGGACUUCUUCCCCGUGGGAGACUGCUUCCGCAAGCAGUACGAGGAUGAGCUAUCCGGCGGAGGCGGCGGCGGUUAAGAACCGGUCCGCACACCUUUGCUUUCUGGGCACAAUCACACUGGCACUGGACGGUCCAAUACUCUCGGGAUCCACUUUUGUAUCGGUACUUUGACAACAUCUGGAAUUUUUACCUAGUCAACUUUAGCAAUGUAUUUUAAGCAAUAUCCUACACAAUCGUUUUUAUGUACGUAGGAGGACGACCUGUUUCCAAAAUAUUGAUGACGAUUCUAGCACGUAUAACAACAAAUGUUCUUAACUCAUUUUAAAAUAAAUCUAUUCAUUUUGAACGAA